AUGAUCUACAGAGCCAGUGUGGAGAAGGAGCUCAAAAAAGCAUUCAAGCUCGACAUUUCGAAGUACUACUUCCAGGAGGAGAAGGGCGAUGCCGUGACCUUGGCCUGGGACCAACUGCAGACUAGCUUGCACUGCUGCGGAGUGGAUGACUAUAAGGACUAUCAGAAGAACGAGAAGUGGGCUAAGGGGGAUAACGUUGUCCCGGAGUCCUGUUGCGUGUUGGGUGAGGAUUCGAAACUGUUGGAGCCUACGUGUACUAGUGCUCCCAGCGAGGCUAAUUCGUACUAUCUGAAAGGAUGUUUUCAGGCUGUGAACGAUUGGGCGUUGGACCACUUGAAUUUGUUGAUUUUCAUAGCGCUCGCUUUCGGGUUAGUAGAGGUUUUGGGGGUGUUUUUGGCAUUCUGUUUGGUGCAGUCUAUCAACAGAGUACAAAUGGUGAAAGCAAGCGUGUUGGCCCAAAUCUCCUACGUCCUAAUGGCCAUCGGCGCUGCGAUGUUCCUGCUGAGCUUCCUGGGGUACUGCGGAGCCUUGCGGGAGUCCCAAUGCAUGCUCACCACUUACGGCAUCCUCCUGAUAGUGAUACUAGUUCUGGAGAUAGCCGCCUGCUACCUGGCUGUGUUCUACAGAGCCAGUGUGGAGAAGCAGCUCAAAGAAGCAUUCAGGCUCGUCAUUUCGAAGUACUACUUGGGGAUAACGUUGUCCCGAAGUCCUGUCGCGUGUUGGGUGAGGAUUUCGGAACUGUUGAUGGCGUCUACGUGUAUUAGUGCCCACAGCGAGGCUAAUUCAUACUAUCUGAAAGGGUGUUUUCAGGCUGUGAACGAUUGGACGUUGGACCAUUCAAAUUUGUUGAUUUUCAGAGUGCUCGCUUUCGGCCGAUGCUACCCGGGCCGCCCAGCAUUCCGAUCCGAAUGCGAUUACUUUGCGCGGCCGGAAGCCCCCGAUUCCCCCCCCUCCUCGCGGGGAGACCCCUGCCCCCCCCCUUUCGUAUCUGUCACGGAGGCCAGCCCCGAUUGUCAAGUUAAUUGCGAGGGUAAUGAGCCGGUGUCGUUUUAA